ACGGCCACGUCUAAAUAGUAUUAUCUCUGCUCCUUCGUGUUAUGGUAAAGGCAUGGCCAUGUCUUGUUUGUAUGAAUAGUAGAAAAACCAGUGCGACCGUGCAAGGCUGACACAAAAGAAUAUGCUAACAUUAUUAUCAGUCAGAGCUGGUGGUGCUCCUCUACCAACACGUGUCCUAGUUGGAUCAGAUGUAAAAUGGUCAAAUUCGAGGAGUUUAAGGAUAUGGUCUGGUGAAUUCCCUGAUUUUAUUCCUAAACAAGUUGAGAAAAUUAAAGACACCUAUGCUAGAAAGUUAGCUUCAAGAAUUGAAAGACUACCUGUAAAUUUAUCGAACGGUUGUGUCAUGAGUAGUUGUGUGAAGCCAAUAGAACAGACGGAGGCCAAUCCAGUUGUGCUUCUCCAUGGUUUUGAUAGCUCAUGUUUAGAGUGGAGGUACACAUUUCCGAUGCUUGAGGAGGCUGGAUUGGAGACAUGGGCAGUUGAUAUCUUAGGAUGGGGUUUCUCAGAUUUAGAAAGGCUUCCAUCGUGCGAUGUAGCUUCCAAGCGUGAUCAUCUUUACCAGCUGUGGUCUACCUACAUCAAGAGGCCAAUGGUACUUGUCGGACCUAGUCUUGGAUCUGCUAUUGCUAUUGACUUUUCUGUCAAAUAUCCUGAAGCUGUGGAUAGGCUGGUUUUAAUUGAUGCAAGUGUUUACGCGGAAGGUACAGGAAACCUUGCGACCUUACCCAAAGCAGUAGCUUAUGCUGGGGUCUACUUGUUGAAAAGUCUCCCACUUCGCUUAUAUGCAACAUCAUUAGCUUUCAAUGGCUUACCAUUAAGUACCUGCAUAGACUGGACUAAUAUUGGCCGCUUACAUUGUUUAUUACCUUGGUGGGAGGAUGCAACAGUGAAUUUCAUGAUCAGUGGAGGUUACAAUGUCGUUGCUCAGAUAGAAAAUGUCAAGCAGAAAACACUAAUAAUAUGGGGUGAAGAAGAUCAGAUUAUUGACUACAAGCUCGGAGUGAGAUUGCAUUGUGAACUGCCAAAUGCUAUUAUACGCCAAAUACCAAAGUGUGGCCAUAUCCCUCAUGUGGAGAAGCCUGAUGCUGUCUCCAGGUUGAUAGCGGAAUUUGUUCGCAGUGAUCAAUCACAAAGCGCAAAUUUCGACUCUGUCUCCACCAUCUCAGUUCCUGUUUGAUUAUUGGCACUUGUACAUGCAGAUAGUUGCAUAUAUUUCACACAUGUGAAUAUCCGACUUCCUGAUUCUACUUAGUGAUGAGGUUAGUUUGCCAGCUUCAAUGAUGAAUAUGCUUUCAUUCUUUGCCCGCCGUCAACCUUGUUGCCUACAUAUCGAUUAUCAAAGGUGCGCUAUGGUGCUUUGGCAUCCAGUAGAGAAGUGUAAUAAACUGAAUGCUUGUAUUAGCUAAAUGCUUUAGCAUUCUGGUAUAUUUUUCUUCCAGCACAUGCUAAUCUUAUUUUAUGUCAAUUACCAGUUACUUUGAACUUAUGUGAUUUGCUGUUAACAUAUCCUUGUUGUCCAACAAAAGUGCAACAUUUCACGUA